GUUUAGACCAAGUGGAGGAUCCAGCUGGCCGUAGCAGCCAUGUAGGACCCUUCAGGAACCUGAUGGAAAGAAAAAGACUCAGGAAAGUAAAACAAGGGGAGGAAGGCAACAGACACAAAGCAGAAAAGACUGAUUUGGAUUCUUCGGCAGAUAUGAGGGAUUCUAAAGAGGGUCAUAAAGAAGAAGAUGAAAAGCCUUCUGUUUCUGCUGUACUGUCCCUGGAACAAACAGCUGUGAUUCAGGAGAUGGUUAAUCAAGAUGUGCUUCCAAAGCUGAUGAUUCCCAGUCCUGCCAGUGAACUGCAAAUAGUGACCGAAGAGAAACAAGAAGAAGCAAUAAACUGUGCAUCAGAUGAUUUAGAUGAGGAUGAAGAAGAAGAGGAUGAAGAAGAGGAAGAAGAGGAGAUGGAAGAUACCAAUAUGCCUAAAGAAAAUGCUGAAAUGCCUUUGAUAUGUGAAGAAAAGUUAGACUCUAUGGAAGAGCAAAAGAGCACGUCAGAGGAAUCUCCAGAAAGCUCUCCAAAGAAACUUGUGGUGAAAAUUCCAAAAGCAAGAGGUGAAUCAAAUGGUGAUGUUCAGGAAACAUUCAUGUUUCCUUGUCAACAUUGUGAGAGGAAGUUUACAACAAAGCAAGGACUUGAACGCCACAUGCACAUUCAUAUAUCUACUGUUAACCACGCUUUCAAAUGUCGAUACUGUGGGAAAGCCUUUGGUACUCAAAUUAACAGACGAAGGCAUGAACGGCGCCAUGAGGCAGCCAAAAAGGAACCAUUCUUAACACUAACAUCAUCACAGCACUUGGAUAAUGUCGCUGAUAACCAAGUAAUUGUGAGUGAUGGUCUUAAAGAUGACUUGAACGUUUCCAAUCUUGUACAAGACUCCGUUGUCUUGGAUUCUGAGAAAGUCUCCCAGGAAAUGUCCCACUCUGCUUUCGCUGAGGAAAAUAAGGAGCCCAAAGAAUUGCAUCCAUGCAAAUACUGCAAAAAGGUUUUUGGAACUCACACCAACAUGCGGAGACAUCAGCGCAGGGUUCACGAGCGUCAUCUUAUUCCCAAAGGUGUCAGGAGAAAAGGAUACUUUCAUGAAGAGCCACCACUUCAAACUGAGCAGGCCCCACCAGUGCAGAGUGUAUAUAUAGCAAGUACUGAAAUAGAAGAGGAAGGUGAAAUAGAUGAUGUCUACAUUAUGGAUAUUUCCAGCAAUAUUUCUGAAAACUUAAAUUAUUACAUUGAUGGUAAAAUUCAGUCCAACAGCAGCACUAGUAAUUGCGAUGUGAUUCAGAUGGAGUCCAACUCUGCAGACUUGUAUGGACUAAAUUGUAUCAUCAGUCCAGUCACAGUGGAAAUUUCCUCAAAUAUAAAGAUUACACAAACACAGGUGAAUGAACCUCCUAAGGAGCCUUCUGGCAGCGGGAGCAAUGAAUCCAAAAAGAGGAGAACUGCCAGCCCUCCUCUUGUACCAAAAAUAAAAACUGAAAUAGAACCAGAACCUAUAACUCCUACUAGUUCUUUAAAUCUUCCACUUAGCAUUUCAACAGAGAGCUUACCUUUCCAUAAAGACAAAAGCGUUUAUUUGUCAUCAAAACUAAAACAGCUUCUUCAGACGCAGGACAGUAAGAAGAUAACUCCAUCAAGUGAAAUCCCUAAACUGGGACCUUCUGUUGCAUCAUCAUCUAUUUUGCCUCCAGCGUCCAGUAGAUUUAAAAGAAGGACCAGCUCUCCUCCCAGUUCUCCACAGCACAGUCCAGUACUUCGAGAUUUUGUCAAAUCAGGUGAGGGAAAAACUGUGUGGAAUGAUAAUCUUCGGAGUUCAAAAAUGCCAAAGUUAGAAAGCCACAGCAACUCUCCUGCUUGGAGCCUAACUGGAAGAGAGGAGAGGGAGACUGUGAGCCCUCUUUGCUUCGAAGACUUCAAAACAUCAAAAGACUGGACAGUGGCUCCAACCUUUGGCAAUGUAUGCAACCAGCAGCCCCUGGAUUUGUCUAGCGGUGUAAAACAAAGGUCUGAUAUCAAAAAUAAGCAUCAGGUUCCUUGGGAAUCUGUAUUAGAUUUAAGUGUGCACAAGAAGCCUUGUGAUGCCGAAAUUCGGGAAUACAAAGAAAAUUCCAUUCAACCAACCUGCAGUGGUGUAAAAAAGAAGAAACCGACCACUUGCAUGUUACAGAAGGUUCUGCUGAACGAGUAUAAUGGAAUGGAUGCAGCCACAGACAGCACACCCAGUGUGAACAGAAGCCCGAGCCCAAGCAAAUCCCUGGAAUCUCAGGCAGAACCAGACACAGACCCCAGUCUGUCUGCAUCGUCUUCCGUUGACACUCAGCCCCUAAGUUCCUCUGUUUCCCUUGUGCCACAUGCAUCUGUCGUACCUUCCAUGUGUCAGCUGCCUCCUUUGUUAACACCAACUAAUCCUCCUUCCCCACCACCCUGCCCGCCUGUGCUAACAGUUGCUACAUCACCUCCUCCCCUUCUUCCAACAAUGCCUUUAUCAACUCCAGAUGUCUCUGCUAGUGCCACUAACACUUCCUCUUGUCCAUCGCCACUUUCAAACACUACUACCCAGUCUCCACUACCAGUUCUUUCACCUACAGUUUCUCCUUCUCCAUCUCCCGUUCCUUCCGUUGAACCGCUCAUCUCUGCUGCUUCACCUGGUCCUCCCACUCUCUCUUCUUCCUCUUCUUCGUCUUCCUCAUCCUCCUCCUUCUCUUCCUCCUCCUCCUCCUCAUCUCCAUCUCCUCCUCCCCUUUCGGUGGUUUCUUCCGUUAUUUCUUCUGCUGAUAACCUUGAAAAUACUCUUCCAAUGAUAAAACAGGAGGAAACUGAAAAUGAGCAGAAGGCCAGAGAAGAUCCUCGUGCUGCAAGUGAAUCGGGAGUAGUGCAGGAAACAUUCAAUAAAAGCUUUGUGUGCAAUGUCUGUGAAUCACCUUUUCUUUCUAUUAAGGACCUAACUAAGCAUUUAUCCGUCCAUGCUGAAGAAUGGCCCUUCAAAUGUGAAUUCUGUGUACAGCUUUUUAGGGAUAAAACAGGCUUGUCAGAACAUCGCUUUCUGCUUCACGGAGUAGGAAAUAUCUUUGCUUGCUCAGUCUGUAAAAAGGAAUUUGCUUUUUUGUGCAAUUUGCAACAGCAUCAGCGAGAUCUCCAUCCAGACAAAGUGUGCACACAUCAUGAGUUCGAAAGCGGGACUUUGAGACCCCAGAACUUUACUGACCCCAGUAAGGCCAACAUAGAGCACAUGCAGAGCCUGUCAGAAGACUCUUUAGAACUUUCUAAAGAGGAGGAAGAAGAUGAAGAUCUAAAUGAUUCUUCUGAAGAGCUUUAUACUACUAUAAAAAUAAUGGCUUCUGGGGUAAAAUCUAAAGAUCCAGAUGUUCGUAUGGGCCUCAAUCAACACUACCCAAGCUUUAAACCACCUCCAUUUCAGUAUCACCAUCGAAAUCCUAUGGGUAUUGGCGUUACUGCAACAAACUUCACUACCCACAAUAUUCCACAGACUUUCACUACUGCCAUCCGAUGCACAAAAUGUGGGAAAAGUGUGGAUAACAUGCCUGAGUUACACAAACACAUAUUGGCCUGUGCAUCUGCCAGUGACAAAAAGCGAUACACGCCCAAAAAAAAUCCAGUGCCACUGAAACAGACAGUGCAGCCUAAGAACGGCGUGGUUGUCAUCACUGGUCCUGGAAAGAAUGCCUUCAGACGGAUGGGUCAGCCAAAAAGACUUAAUUUCAAUGUUGAGAUUAGCAAAAUGUCUUCAAAUAAACUAAAAAUAAAUGCAUUGAAAAAAAACCAGCUUGUCCAAAAAGCUAUCCUGCAAAAGAAGAAAUCUGCUCAGCAGAAGGCAGAAUUGAAAAAUAGCCUUUCUGAGUCAGACCCUCACAUCUGCCCCUACUGUAAUAGAGAGUUUACUUACAUUGGAAGUUUGAACAAACAUGCAUCGUAUAGCUGUCCCAAAAAACCCAUCUCCCCAUCCUACCAAAAAAAAUCAUCCAAAAAAGGUGCAAGUUCUUCACCUGCAAACAGCGAAAAAGGCAGCAGCCAGCGCAGAAGAACAGCAGAUGCAGAAAUCAAAAUGCAGAGCAUGCAGCCUCACUUGGGCAAGACAAGAGCACGAACCUCAGGACCUGCACAAAUCCAGCUGCCCUCUGCAUCCUUCAAAUCAAAACAAAACAUUAAAUUUGUACCUCCCAUUCGAUCGAAAAAGCCAAAUCCGUCUUCGUCACUGAGGAACUCUAGUCCUGUGAGAGUGUCCAAAAUGACUCACGUUGAUGGGAAAAAAACUAAGGUGGUAGGUAGGAACACUUCCUCUGGCAUCUCAAGCAAAGCCACCCGGAAAUUGCACGUCAGAAUACAAAGGAGUAAUAAGGCUGUUUUGCCAAGUAGGUCUGCUGUGGCAAGUAAAGAAAAAGCAGACAGAUUCACUGUAAAAUCUAGAGAGAGGAUUGGAGGACCUAUUACACGAAGCUUACAGCAGGCAGCAAAUGCCGAGGCAGCAGAAAACAAAAAAGAUGAAAGCAGUACAAAGCAAGAAUUAAAAGAUUUCAGGAAUAUCCAGUAAAACAAAGCAAAACAAAACAAAAUCUCUUAAUGACAUGGUAGAGCUGGUGCAUGCUCAACUUAGGAUAAGCACUACGAGAAUGGAUGUGAAGUCCACCAAGCUUGUGAAACCAGCUGAAGCUGACUCACAAUCGUAACAUGGCCUGCAGGCUGCUUGCUAACACUCAGUGGUAGAGGCAGGGCUUUGUGCCUGACAUGCGUGCUGGGCUUCAUGGUGAGUCAGAUAAGAGAAGGGUGCUGUUAAAAGCCAAACGGAACCAAAAACAAGAGCAGAAAACACACAGCAGUACCCCAAACAAAAGAAAAACCACACACAAAAGCAUUGAAAGAAAGUGGGAGUAAACUAAACCAAAUCUUUGGCCUUUGAAUGCUGAGAUCCUGGUUUUAUCCAUGCCUUCGUGGAUGACUUAAGAGACGGUUCAGUUCUAAGUUUGGUGAAGCAGAGAUCCCCUGUUCUACCAGCAGUUUGGUAGGUUCAAGGACAACAGUUACUGCUGCACUCUUCUUGUCAUUUAGUAACUGUCAAAACCUUCCUUCUAAAUGAAUCAGUACAGAGGGACCUGGUAGGACAGAAUCUCCUUUUCCCACCUCCUCUCCAUUCUCUACAUCUUUCGGAUGGCCAUCAUAUAAUGGGAAAAAAAGCCUGAGUGAGUUCUCUGUGAGUUUUCCAAAUUCUUAUUUAUACAUGCAAAUGAAACUUUAUAUAGCAGUGAAAUACCAAUACCAAUUUCUAAAUACUAUAUAUAAUGUGUAUCUUUUUAUUGAUAAAAAGGCUAGACCAGGGCUACAUACCUGUAUAUUUUGAAAAUGAAAUAUAUAAUUACUCUAAAAGGUCCUACACCUCUAUCUAAUAACUUAAAACAACAGUUGGUCUAUUGUUCUUACACAGCUUUUUAUGGAAAUACCAUUUCUCACGUUUAUAUAGCUUUCAAGAUUAAUGACUGAGUCGAUGGGAAGUGACUAGUUUCAUUAUACAGCCACCCCUUUUAUUUUUUGUUCUUGACUUAAAAAGUAAUCUACCUCUUAAAAUUUGUAGUUUAAUACUUGUUUGGUGAAUUUGUGCCACUUUAACUUUCACUUUCACUAUCAUUCCCAUUUUGUUACAUUUCUGUUAUGGGGACUUUAUGUUGAAAUAAUGUAUAAAGCAUUUGUAGCAAGUAUAAAAAAAUAAAAUAUUUAAAAUUAUUUAAAUUGUUUUGGACACUUCAAUUGUACUAUAUGUGAUUUACAUUUUACAUUAAUUUUCAUUCUGUUUUCAUCUUGGGCUGUUAAUCUUGGAGCGUGUUCCUGUAUUAAAAGUUUGCUAUUAGUUA